GGGGUCAAAGGCCUGUCGUGAAAGGAAAUCCCUCCGUUAAUUUAACCCCUUUACAGUAAAGUUUCUUUCUACCGGUACGAGUUUAUCCUCGUGAUAUUCUUAUCAAGUUCAUAUCUUUUCCUUCUCUUUGCAAGUAGAUCUCCAUUCUUUCUGCAAUUUGUGUGAAAAAUAGCUUCAUGGAUGAUAGUCGUGGGAAGAUAAAGGUUAUACCGGAUCACUUCACAGCCUCAACAACCAGCGUGGAUUCUCAUCAAAGCGGAACGUCAUUUGUUUCCCUACCACGAUCUGACAGUUCUUUGAGGUCUCAUAGCUGGACUCGAAAGGGUGCCACUUUCAUGUUGAACUUGUUUACCGUACGAGGGAUGCCAUGGGGUUCUAGCACUGAUGGUCAGAAAAAGGUUGAGCUACCUGCUGCUGAAGUAGAAUCACUUAGAUCAGCAGUUGCUGAUUUAGAAGAGAGAGAAGCUCACUUGAAAGCUCAGCUGGAACAUGUCGAUGAACUUUUGCGGUCUGCUCGCCUGUCUGGUUAUUUGUACAUUCGUACUAGGUGGACAGCACUACCAGGAGAACCUCCCCCUUUAGACGAUACUGAGGUUGAUGACUGGCUUCCUCGCUUUGUUGUCCUUCAUGGACUAUGUCUAUUCUUCUAUUUAUUGUCUACAGAUCUAAGCCCUCAAGACUCCACUCUCCUAUCUGACAUUGUUGAAAUAGGUCCUCUUCCAAGCCUUACACGAGAAGAUGAGGAGACCCGAUAUGCCUUCUAUAUGCUAACUGGUCAAGGACUGAGAUAUGAGUGCUCAAGUAUUUCUAAGAUUCAGGUGGACUCUUGGUUGUCAGCAUUACGAAGUGACUGCAAAGUGGGUUCUGAUGCAACAGUUCUAAACGGUUCAAGUCAGAUUUAACAUCAUUUACGCAUUUGAACCAGUAAGUAGUAGAAAGAUAGAAAUUAAAUUUAUACCUUGAAAUCUAUCAAUCACUUCUCUGUACAUAAGCUACACCUUCUUUUUUUUUUUUUUUUUUUUUUUGUAUGAAAGAUACGGUCUAUUUGAAUUACAUAGAAUGUUUUAUUUCUGAUUGAAUUUAUGCUGACUAAUAACUGCAUUGACCUUGCACCGGGCCUUUUCCCAUGCAAUAAACUGUAAAGGUCUUAUAUACUAAGUAUUCAUUCAAAACUUAAUGUAAACGGCAUAAGUAAUUGGAAAGGCACUUGGUGAUGAUUCUCAGGUUCCCUCUUCA